AUGGAGGAACCGUUUCGAAAAAGACCCCGCCUCUCGAUCUUCGCAGAUGAGCAAGCCGACACCGACCUCGACGCCGACCUCGGUGCGUUACGCUACAGAAACGACAAUCUCCUGAAAUUGCGCUUCGAGUCAAUCUUUGAGAAAUAUUCUCACGACUUCACCGGUGUAGGCGACGAAAUCGAUCUCGUUGGGGGGGAAAUCGUGGUCAACAAUGGGCACUUGGAAAGCAUGGAAGACGAAACAGACACUGGCGAGACCCACGACGAGGACGAGAAAGGGAAGUCGUUCUUGAGAGCAAUGACUGAGGCACCCGAUGGCGGAGACCCGUAUUCCAACCAGGAAGCCGACAAUGUGAUUACGAGCAUUGAAGGAAUCGCCGAGAACGCUGCCCUCUCUGACGACGAAUCCUCCGACUACGAACCCUCGGAUGAUGAACCCUCCGCCGAAAGCAGUGAAGAGGACCUUUUACCCCAAGCCAAAUCCCGUACCCCGUAUUUUACGCCUCCGGAUUCUCAAAAUCUGUCGCUUAAGAGGGCCGCGUCUCAGGCGAGCAGUAGCAGAGCAAGGUCUCAUGCGUACGAGUCCGAUAAUGACUCGCUCUUUGAGGUGCGGGAGCAACAGCGGUCAAACAGUCCUGAUUCUCUGUUUGAAGUAAGGGCCUCGACGGAGGCUUAUAUUAACGCCGCCCACCAGCCCUUAGACCCAGCAGGUCUAGGUGAUGAUGUGGACGAGAAGACUAUUCUCCAGAAAUAUGGACCUGAGAUUGGCCAGGAGGUUCUGGAGAUGUUGCGGAAGACCAGAAACAUGGCAGUUGAGGCCCACGUUGAGCCAGCCUGGCGUUUGCCUGCGGAUCUGGUCCCUGCGAAACCUCUAGUGUCGACGCGGUCGGCCUCGGGAUCGAAAACCCCCUCGAAGCCAUUGCUCUUAAGUCCGGGUCGCGGGGACAUGGCGUCUUCGAAGUAUAGAGGGUCUGUUUGGAGGGCGACUACGCGGCAGAUCACCCCACGCAUAAGACAGGAGUCGCAACAACGCCAUGUACGGAUACGCGAAGAGUCAGAGGAUCCUCUACAAGACGGAUUCUCUAGUGACCAUUUGGAACAGGCAGAGGAUGAGACGCAUUUAAAGACGGAAGAAGAUGAAGACACCGACGUAGUGGUGUGGAAGUCCAACCGACGCAACGGCCGAGGGAACGAUGAGCAAGUGGUUCAGAUGAAGAGGGGUAUUUGCUUCUAUUGCUCUCGUCAAUGGAAGACUAGGAAUUCGGUUUUCAAUCACUGGUCAUCGUUAGUGCAUAAGGCCGAGGAGACGGGAAUAUGGCCUGACGAUGUGCAUGAUAUGGUGUACAUUCGGGACUAUUGGUUGAGUGCGCCCAAUGCUGCCCGCGGACCCAGACUGGGGGUGGGUAACCUUAAGCGGCUGGUCGAGUUGCAUGAAGGAGCCGGUCAAUCCUUUGACGAGAUCGCCGAGUCUGGACUCAUGCGCAGCAAAAAGACAGCGUCGCAGCUGAAGGAGGUGUACGUCAAGUAUCGAAAGCCGCGCCGGGAAAAGAGGAAACGGCAGGCACGCGAAUGGUCAGAGUCGGAGUUGAGAACCCUGGACCAACUUUGCCAAAAUCCCAAGUCGGAAGUGUCGACAUUUCCUCGAGCGUUUGAAAAUUGCAGCGUGACCGAUGUUGUCGACAAGCUCGCCGAGAUCUGGUUGGCGGAAUUUUGUAGUUCAGGGGGGGAAAUAGCAAAGCGGUCGGAAAGUGUUGAAGAUGGGGGGGAGGCGGAGGCAGCGGGUAAAACGCCGGUGGUGCUUGUAAGCAGCAAAGGUUGA